AUGUCUCUUCUCAGCUUUUGCUUUGCUGUGUGCCUUUUGAUCUCAAUUCGUUCGGUGGUUCAAGCAUCAUGUACAACUUGUGUUCCUUUGGCCACUCUUUUGAGUAGUGGUGUUGAUGGAGUGGCUAAAAAUGGAGUUUCUACUUUUGCGUACGGCACGGAUGGUAAUAGUUGCAAGACUGGCACCCAUACUUGUACAGCACCUGCUCCAAACUCUGCGAUGCAAAGCGUGGCGAUUUUCGCUAAUACGACUUGGGCGGGAAAUAGCUCGUAUGCUGGCUUGGUGAUGCUGGGCUACGCGUGCUCACCGAUCGACAACAACGAUUUCGCCUUGCCAAUUCCCUUCACUUGUAAUGCGAACACGGCCUGGCAGUACAAUUUGCGAUUGAUCAUCGGUCUCUUCUGCCGGGCCAUCUUGAACGAUACACAAAUGUCGUGCCCAAUUGUACCUCCAAAAGAGACUGCU